UUGAGCGUGAUUUUAAUCAACUAAGGUUUUGUUUUGGAGAUCUCCAACCUGCCAUUUGUGCCACACACACCAAACCCAAUCCUGGUUCGUUGCGCGGUGAACCUGUAUCGUCAUCAUCGUUUCCUUAUCUGUUUCUCGGUAGAUCCCACUGCGCCCUUGCGCCUCCGAGACCGGUCCUGCAAGAUUUAAUCUCGUCCGACCAUGACUUUCUUUCGGCCGCCGUCAUUAGCGCCCAACCCACGCUCUUUGCGCCUCACCACGAUAAGCCGCAGCAAGCACUACUCUAUACCCCUCGCUAGACAUGGUCGCCGACUUUGCACAGACUGCCACCGAAAGGCGCGAUUUACUCGACGGUUACCUACAACUGCGAAUCCACUGCUGCCGACCUGCUUUCGUUCGCAUGCGUCCGGGAAGCAUCUAGUCUUCCCUGCAGUCUUUGCUGCUGGCCAGAGAAGAAGGGCGAGUGCGGUAGCUUCAGCAACUGUGGAAAAUACCAACAGCGAUGCCACGAGCCCUAUGCAAGAGUACGACCGUCGGGUCGACGAAGGCAUAUUACGAAACGAUGAACAUCAGCGAGGAAUAAUACAAAGCCUCCAACAUUUACACGAUGAGCUACGAGACUAUGAAGCCUCAGCAGUCAAACACCCGUCGCUCGAGGCCCUGAAAGCACCGGCGCAAAAGUCGCUCUUCAGCAGCCUUUUUGGCAGCAAAGGCCCAAAACAAGCAGCGAUAGGCAACAUACCCGCGAACCUCCCGCGCGGUUUAUACCUCUAUGGCGACGUUGGUUCGGGCAAAACGAUGUUGAUGGACCUGUUUUACGACACUCUGCCACCGAGUGUCAAGUCCAAAACGCGCAUCCACUUCCACAACUUCAUGCAGGAUGUGCACAAGCGCAUGCACAAGAUGAAGAUGCAGCACGGAAACGACUUGGACGCGGUCCCCUUGAUAGCGGCCGAUAUUGCCGAGCAGGGCAACGUACUGUGCUUCGACGAGUUCCAGUGCACCGACGUCGCCGAUGCCAUGAUCCUGCGCCGCCUGCUUGAGGCCCUGAUGUCGCACGGCGUCGUGCUCGUCACCACCAGCAACCGCCACCCGGACGACCUGUACAAGAACGGAGUUCAGCGCGAAAGCUUUAUACCUGCCAUCGAGUUGCUCAAGAGCAGGUUGCAUGUCAUCAACCUCGACUCGCCGACCGACUACCGCAAGAUUCCGCGCCCGCCAUCUGGCGUGUAUCAUACCCCGCUCGACAAACACGCGCAGUCACACGCCGAAAAAUGGUUCGCCUUCCUGGGUGACGCUUCGGACCCAGGACACCCCGAGACUCAGUCGGUGUGGGGGAGGACGAUUCAUGUGCCGCGGGUCAGCGGCCGGUGUGCGUGGUUCACAUUUGAUGAACUGAUCGGCCGGCCCACGGGCGCGGCUGACUAUAUCGAGCUGGUUCGGAGUUACGACGCUUUCGUUGUUACCGACGUGCCUGGAAUGACAUAUCGGCAGCGCGACCUCGCCAGGCGCUUUAUCACUUUUAUCGAUGCAGUGUAUGAGUCGCACGCAAAGCUCGUCCUGACGACGGCAGCGCCCCUGGGCGAGCUCUUUGUGUCGAGGGAGGAAAUGAGGGAGUCGCUGGCUGCAAGCCGGAAGAAGGACGCGAAAGAUGCCGGCAUGGAGGAGCCUGACGAUGGCGAUAUCGAGAGCGCAAUGGGACACAUGAUAGAGGAUUUGGACUCUAAUGUUGACAAGCUCAAGAACUCAAACUUGUUCUCGGGAGACGAGGAGGCAUUUGCAUUUGCGCGUGCGCUGUCUCGACUCAGCCAUAUGGGCAGCAAGGAGUGGGUUGAGAGGGGGAUGGGGCUCGAGAGUGCGGGCGGAAAGAAGGACAAGGAUGAUUGGGCCAAGGUGCGGAGCAAACAGAUGGAGGACAGCAUGUGAUUAUGACUGCGUGGCGUGUUUUGUUUGUUUGUUCGAGGUACGAUGGUUUAUGCAUCGGCUCGACUGUGCCCUUCCCUUUGUCCACCGGGAAUCAUGAGAUUGAUUUGCUUUAAAAUCAUGCAGCGCAUUGCGUCUUGUUUUUGUCAUAGAGCACAUGUUUGUUCCGCCAUAUACCAAUCGAUAGAUUUGCUGAUAGAGUCGAGAUUUAUGGGUCAUUAGGCACAUAUGGGUACACAUUCUUAAUUUGACCGCAUUACGCCAGAUCCGUCUGGGCUCUGGGGGAAAACAUACACAGUCUCGGGUUUCUAGUAGAAUCCCGGCAGAAUCGCCCAUCGUGUCUCGGAGCAGUACUCUUGCCAGUCGCGACCAUACCUCUUAUCCAUGUACGACCCCAGCUCCGGGAUCGAACUAUCGAUAAAGACCGACAGGUUGAACGCAGCGGUCAUGGCACCCCAGAUCCAACCGCCCGCAGCCAAACUGUAACCAGAGCGCCAGAGCGCAUACCCGCCGUAGUUGAUGUGCCUCGCAACGCGCCACAGCCCCGUCCGGCAGACCUUGCCCUUGGUCUUGGGGUCCUCCUUGAAGGCGCGACGCUGAAUCUCGGACACGACCUCGAGGUACAUGCCGGUGACGUACAGAACCGCGCCCACGGCCAUGGGGGCCGAGAUGCCCUCGACCUGACCGGGCCAUGCGGUGGCCGCCGAGGUCAGCGACGUCAUGAGCAUCAUGGAGUUGAUGCUGUUGAAGGCGGUGUUGAAGGCCGAUAUGAUGAGGGAGGCGCGCGGCCCAAACUCCUCGUUGCAGAUGGCCGUCACCCAGUAGCACUGCUUGGCCGCCGCGCCGGCCGCCAUGGCCAGCAGCAGCAGCGUCGGGUUGGUCAGGCCCAGCCGGUCGAUGGCCGCGAUCCCCGUCGUCGUGCGCGGGGCGAGGGCCGCGGCG